AUAUCUCAGAUACAUUAACACACAUGCAAAAUAUUUUAGGUAACAAAAUGUUUACUAAUUUCCUUCCUGCAUGCUAUUUUAUCACAGUUAUCAUGUUUAUUCUUGCUUCUGUUUUUAUUAUUUUUUUUAAAUAAAAUUUUUGGUUUAAUGAAACCAUCCAACAGAUUUUGUGUAUAUCCGCCUAGCCUACUUUAGAUAAGACACUGAGGACAUCAGUUCCUCUACAUCCUUUUUUUCCACUGGGCACUAAAUUGGAAAAGUAGACAGUGGUGGAGUUAUAAAUGCAUGCAAGGGGCGUUUCCCUUUGUGCAGAUGUGCUGGACUAAUGGAAGCAUUAUAAGAUCUAGGUUUAUUUAAGUAUGCCCCAGCCCAAAGUUACGCCCAUUAUAGUCAGGACUCUGCUGCAGAAGCUCAUAUGAAUCAGGCAUAAGAAGUAUAUCGAUCGGGAUUUUAACCAGCAAGUCGUGUGAUAGGUGGUUCUUUUUUAAUUAAAGACGGACGCAACGUUAAAGUGAUGAAUGCUGUAAUGUUUAGUAAUGUCAAAGCAGAUGGACUAUUAUGAAGAGACACAGAGGUCAUUAACUUUGAACAAGUUGGGUAUCGUCAGGAAAUAAAACAAUUAAUAGGAUACAUAUUUUCAAUCACCCCGUACUAUUCGCCGAGGAUCUACAGUACGCUAUAAGAAACGGAGUCCUGGCCAAUAAGAAUGUAUCCACUACACAGAGAAAGGGAACAGCCCAUUUUUAGCACCAGGGCACAUGUCUUCCAAAUCGACCCAACCACCAAGCGCAACUGGAUCCCUGCCAGCAAGCACGCCGUCACUGUGUCAUUUUUCUACGAUGCCAACAGACACGUGUAUCGCAUUAUCAGUGUUGGUGGAACAAAGGCCAUUAUCAACAGCACCAUCUCACCCAACAUGACUUUCACUAAGACAUCACAGAAAUUUGGACAAUGGGCUGAUAGUAGAGCCAACACAGUGUAUGGGCUGGGUUUCUCUACAGAACAACAGCUGCACCAAUUUGCAGAAAAGUUCAAGGAAGUAAAGGAGGCUGCACGCCUUGCUCGGGAAAAAUCUCAAGACAAGAUUGAGCUGACGAACGCUGCUCUGAACAUUGCUGCGCCACAGUUCUCUCAGGACCUGUCUGAAGACUUGCAGUCACCACCAAUGUGUAUCAACGGCCCUGGAGAGGAGAAGCUAUUUCGCAGUCAAAGUGCAGACAUUACCUUGUCAUCCGAGAAGGAACGAAUCAAAAAGAUGCUCUCUGAAGGGUCAAUCUGUGAGAUUAGUUUGGAGGCAGAGCUGUUCACCUUGCAAGACAGCAAUGCAAAGCUAGUAGCCGCACUGCAUGAGGCCAAUAACAAUGUAGAGCAGUGGAAGAAGCAGCUGGCAGCCUACCAGGAAGAAACUGAGCGGCUGCGGGACCAGCUGGCAGAUCUAGAAGCCCAUGGAAGUAGCCACGGUCCAAGUGACUUAUUAAAGGAUGAGCUCACUCAGUCACUAGAGGAACUGGAAGCUCUCCUGAAGGCAAAAGAUGAGGAAAUUCAUAUUCUGCAGAAGAAGUCAAACUACCAUGAGAUAGAGCAAGAACGAGAGGAGGCUAUCCAUAGGCUGCAGGAGAUGGAGAUGCGGAACAUAGAGCUGGAGCGGCGGGUGCAGAAUGCUGAGCAAACUCUAGCCUCCUCCCUUGAGGACAGGGACCGGACUGAAAGUGAGAUGCAAAGGGUCAUUGACAUCUUGGAUGUCAAGAUCUUUGAUUUGAAUGACUUACGGCAAAGCCUAGUAAAGCUGAUUGAUAAGUAGAUCAGGUAGAAUGCCAUCUAUUGGCCACUAUAUACAAUGCUGGUAAGCGGGGAGAGGUGGCUCGGAUCAUCCCAACCAGAAGUGAUAUUUUACCAUGAGGGAAGAGAGCCCUGACACAGCCUGUAGAAUUACACUCAUAAUUUUCGAUUCUUUUAUUUUUUUCGGUUUUGGUAUAGUUUUCACAGAAAUAUUGAUUUACUAAAGUGCUUUGCAGUAUGUUUGAAUUAGCGUUACAGUUAACAUCAGCACUGUCAGUUAUUUAUGCAUAUAAAAGCUAUAACAUCAGUGUUAAAAUUAACAAUGAUGAACAGGUACUGGGAUUCAGUUAUUUACUUAUAGUAUGAACUGUUUCAAAAAUGGGUAGUCAUAAUUUUUUAAUGAAAAUGUGUACAACCAAAAGGAAUGUUUUUAGAAUUUAAAAUGCUUUUAGAACUGUUUAAAAGCAUAGAGUGAUGUGUGAAACUCAAAUUUGCCAAUAGCGAAAGUGCCAUCAUUCUUACAGGUUUAGUGCUUUUGUUCAUUAUAUUACACUGUUUUAAUGUUCUUUAAACUAAGCUAGAAACACAUGUCCAAAUAGGUGAGCUCACAUUUCUACCUGAACUGUGUGAUUGACCUGUCAAAAUUCAGGAUAUAUUUAAUUUUUAGAUGCACAUUUUAUUAAUUCAGAGCAACAUAUAUGGUGAAAGAGGCAAAACAGCAAUACAUUCACAGUACCAACUGUUGACAGACAAUUAUUGACAGAUAUACAUCUAUAGUGUCGACAUUACUUAACAGCAUCAAUACAAUAGGUAGUGAAAAAUUGCUUAGUGAUCAUAAUGCACAUUGCAUAAUAGUUAUUUAGACACACCCAAGCAAAUGUGAAAUGAUUAAAAAAAAUUGCAAUGAAUAUGUAACUUUGACCACAUCAUUGGUAUUACAAAACAUAUUAGCAUUGAUCUUUGGACAAGUUAGCUUUGGUAACACAAUGCAAAAGCAGGACUAUUAUAUGCAAGUGAAGCUUCAGCAUGGACCUUAUUGUUUCAGUAAGCUCCCAAUAAGCAUUAUUCUGUUUUCUGCCACUACUUCCCAGAUUAGUUUUUGGAUUCAUGUGAUUAUAUGUUGUAUAAUAUAUAACAUAUUUUUUUUGUAAUGCUGUGCUUUAUGCUGAGUUAACAGCUUCAUGUGGUAAAUGUAAUAUUGAAAUGUUUAAUAGAAAUAUUGUCAUAAGGGCUCUUGGUAAAAUUGCCUUUACUCCAAAAGGUUAUUAAUACAAAGAUUAUCUUAGUGGAGUAAAAUCCAAUAAAUGUUCCAAGGAUUUGUUGAACAAACGAGGCAGAGGAUUAUUCCAGUUUGCUCACUUGCGAAUCAUUAUGUGGGGACGCGCUCAUUUUAAUCUGGGUGAGGAAACUGAUUUCUUCCCAUAAUUUGUCAGGUGUGACAAAUACAUGCUUCAUUAAUGCUGGCAUGGAUACAAAACAUUUUUUCUAAUCUAUUUAACUGGACCCUGCUGCAUUUAACCUCUGACCUCAAGACUUGGGAGGAACAUGCUUUAAAAGGCAUCAAAGAACAGUUAGCGAGUAUUCUGUUUAAUGGAACUGCCUCAGAAAGUCUGACUUUAUAAUAUAUUGCCAUUUUUGAAACUUGUUAUACUGAAAUGUUAUUUAUGCCAAAUAGGUAGGUAGAUGUAUUAUAUUGUUGGUAAAUCUUUCAUGCAGCUAUUAAUAUUUGGCUCAGUCGAAACAUUUUAGAGUAAUUUGUACACAGCAUAGGUUGUAGGUUUCAACCAUAACAAUGAUUGCUUACUCCAGUUGUAACUACAUUAAUAGCUGCAUGUGUUUUGUACUGAAGCAGCAAUAACAUGUGUAAGUGGAUCUAGUAUAUUUUGAAAGUUUUUUUUUUAAAUUUGCCUGAAAGUAUAUUUUUGAAUAUGUGAAAGCUAGCAAUAAACAAUGCAAUCAUGUUGUUACAAGAUAAAAACAUGAAUGUUUUGGAAACGGCUCUUAUACUGUUAUAAACUUCUGCUAUGGGAAAUUGAGAUAAUCGGUUUUGCACUCUUUAAAGCAAACUAGGUCUGCAUGUGUAUGUACUGUCUUGAGAUAUGUGGUUAUUAAUUAAAAAUAAUUUAAUCUUAUGACGUUUUAGUAUUCACUUCAUUCACCCCAUGAAUAUAGUGAAAACUAACUUUUCAAAAUGGCAAUUUCAGAUUCUAACUGUAGGAAUCAUUUCUGUGUGUGUAAUGAAAGUAGUUGUACACAGUGUUUUGCAAAUCAAAAUCCCCUUGUGAAAUGCUAGAGUUUAAUGUGAGGCUACAGGAACACCAGAACACCGUAUGUAUUAUAUUUAUUUUAAAGGUUUUUUUUGAUCCGUGUUACACUAA